CAGGUCAUUCUACUACGCUUGUGAGAGCUAGAUCUAUGUUAAGAGUAGUUCAUUCUGAUCCUAAUUUAACAACUUCUAUGACACAGAUGGUAACUCAGACAAAAUCAUUCAGACUCAGCAGGGCUAAGCCAAUGUUAAGAGCAGGGCAUUCCGCUCCUGAGUUUAGCUGA